AUGUUCAACGAUCGCGCUAUCUUCACGUGGAUUCGGAUCGCGACUUCGGAUCUUGGAGCCAAGGCAGUACUCUCGGGCACCGUGGCCUCCUCCAACAAGCGCGUCUAUGUGUGGGACGUGGCAGCUGAAAAGGUCUUGGCCGCAGUGAAUGCUCAUGCGCGACCGCUGACUUGCCUGCGUCUGGCGCAGCCCCACGCUGCGGCUCCUGCGGCCUCCAUGGACAUCUUUUACAGCGCCGCCUUGGACGGCCAGGUGAAGUUGUGGGACCUGCGCUCCAUGCAGGAGAUGGGGCCAGGAAGGGCCAGGAUCUUCAUCCCCCUGAUCUGA